GGUGGAAAGGCGCUUGUGAGGUGCUCCGCCACGCUUCUUAGUCGGUGAUUGCGGUCUCGCAGCAGUCUUAACGAUGGCUUCUUUAGGAUAUAGUAGAAUUUGUGCCCGUGUUCAUGAAAAACUGUGUCAGUGGGGACAUUCACAGAUAACCAAAAAAACAACUUGUGUGCGCGCAAAAAUUGGAUUUUUCACGCUGACAAGGAAUUUCUCUGAAAAUACAACAAAGGCACAAGCUCUACAAAAUGCGGUAGCUGCUGCAGCAGCGUCUCAGUCAUACCUAACGCAAGGGUGUUGCCAUCCUUGCAUAAGGCCCGAAAUACCUGGUACAGCUCGUACUUUCGCCACGAUGCGAACGCAGCAACCAGGAUCCCUUCCGGAGUACCAAAUCGAUCCGUACGCCUUACUUGAAGACGACCUCAAAGAUGUAUAUGUGUAUAUAAGAAAUGCCCUAAGGAGAAACACAUUCCAGAAUAAUUUAUAUGAAAUAGCAACAUAUUACUUCGAUGGACAUGGAAAAGCUGUGCGACCAAUGGUUACAAUUUUAAUGGCAAAAGCAAUCAACUCACAUAUGUAUAAAGAAAACAGUGGUCUUUUAUCAUCGCAAAGAGAAGUAGCGAUGAUAUCAGAAAUGAUCCACACAGCCUCACUUGUUCACGACGAUGUCAUCGAUCAGUCAGACUUUCGAAGGGGUAAACCUAGUGUUAAUGUCAAAUGGAACCACAAACAAGUCACAAUGGCAGGUGAUUUUAUUUUAGCGGUAGCAUCCAUGUUGAUCGCUAGGUUAAGAAACAAUGAUGUUACGUCAGUACUUAGUCAAGUUGUUACAGAUCUAGUCCAAGGAGAAUUUAUGCAGUUAGGAUCGAAAGAAACAGAAAACGAACGAUUUGCUCACUAUCUACAAAAAACGUAUAGAAAAACUGCCUCGUUAAUCGCCAACUCACUGAAAGCAGUUGCGAUAUUAGCAGAAGCAGACGAAAACUUAACUGAUAUUUCAUAUCAGUACGGAAGAAAUUUGGGAAUAGCUUUCCAAUUAGUAGAUGACCUAUUGGAUUUCGUGUCUUCUUCUGAAGCUAUGGGUAAACCAACAGCAGCAGAUUUAAAAUUGGGUUUGGCCACAGCUCCAGUAUUGUUUGCAUGUGAGAAGUAUCCUGAGCUCAACCCAAUGAUAAUGAGAAGGUUUCAAGAACCAGGAGAUGUAGAAAAAGCAUUUGAAUUAGUUCACAAAUCCCGAGGACUUGAGCAGACACAAUUUUUAGCACGACAACAUUGCCAAGAAGCAGUGCGACUUGCUAAUCUCAUAGAACAGAGCUCGUAUCAAAAGGGUUUGAUAGUAACAGCGGAUUAUGUCCUAAACAGGAUGAAAUAGUCUACAAAAUAGUAGAUUAGGUAGUUACUUUUAGUUAUGAAAUUAUUUUAUGUAUGAUGUAUAAGUGGCAGGUAUUUCUGAAAUAUUUGAAACUAAACUGGAAGUUACAUAAGGCUGUCGUACUGAGAUAUCAAAAAAUACACUUAAAAAUCUAAUAAUCCCACCCAUGUUACAUUAAUUGCAUAAAAAAUACAUUAUUGUCUAAAUUGUGCCUCGAGUUAAUAAAAAGAACUGAUUCAUCGACUGAGUCCAACCUGCAUAUAACAACUUGAUGAACAACUUUGGCUUUUUGAUAUCUAGAUGGAAAUUAUAGUCCUAUGAUAAGACACGAAAAUUUCUUGUAACUCAUCAUCAGAUUUCUGCAAUCUUUUAUUUCCUCUGACUAUGAUAAAGGUAAUGACCGUUUUAAUCUUACAAAACAACAAUAUUAAGUUCGUUUUUCUUCCUGGUCCGGGUCUGCUCGCCUUUGCCAUUAACCAAUUUUUGAAUAUCGACCCCAUUUAUCCUGUACACUAUUUUUGCGUAUCAUCAAUAGAGAUGCAAACACUCCUCAGGUAACUCCUUAAUAAGAUCCCCAAUUAAAACGACCGUUUGAGAAACGUUGGCAUUAGUUGCAAGUUGCCAUUAUUCAAUUUAAUUUUACAUUUUUCGCCUUAUCAUUCCUAUAAUUACCAUCCUUAAUUUGUAAUCAUUACAUAAGCCAACCUUUCUACUACUGACUUUACUCCACCCUAGAAAAA